GAACCAUCAUCAUCACAUCACGGAUAUUAGGCGCUGGGCGGCUGAAACAACGGUUAUGGAUAUGGGUAUUAUGCAUGCAUGUGGGGAUUUAAUGCAUAAUGUUAGAUGAGCAACCUCUUUUUAUAUUUUUAUAUAUACAGGACUACUGGAAGGAAGGAAGGAAGGAAAGGAGGAUGGUGUUUAGGAAGGAAGGCAUGGAUCGAUCGAUGAAUGAAUAUACACCACUUUACGACCUCUUCAUCUCAACCCAAUCCCUCUCUCUUUCCUCUCUGCCAGUCAGUGACAUGCUAACCCUCCCCCUUCCCUUCCUUCCCGUCCCGCUUCUCCACGCACGGCAUUCUCCAACCCCAAAUCCGUCUACCGUCUACCGCUCCUCUCACACCGAUCACAUGACAGCCGAUCCGCCCUCCACGUGCAAGCCCACCUUCCCUUCUCGUCACAAGCUACCCCUCCUAGCCUCCUGGCCUUCCCUUUUCAGUUCUCACUCACUCAACGGAACGAAAUUGUGGCUUGGCUUGGCUGGGUGUGUAACAGCAGAUAUGCCGCGCUUCUCGAGUGACACAUGCAGCAGUAGUGGGAAUCUUAUAUUAAUUAGACAGUUGGAGAGGUGCAGAGCGAAAAGCCACGCUUCAUGGUGUUUGGUUUGUGGUGGGAAUGUUGGGAGGUUGGAGGAGCUGUUGGGAGAGGGAGUUGUGGGGGCCCUGUGUAACUGGGAAUUUUGCGCAUCUUGGGUUUUUGGGGUGAUGGGGGUAGAUUUAUGGCCGAGAGGGUUUGAAGUGGAGUGCUGAGCAUGAUGGACGAACAGGGAGGAGGACAUGGAGAGAAAAAGAGUAGUUUCGGGAGAGCCUCGAGUUAUGUAUGCUGCUCGAAAAGAUGGAAAAGAGACUGAGUACGACGGCAGUUGAAUUGGUAUUCAUCCAUGGAGAAGAGCGGGAAAGUGUCGUUGUUCGAUGCUAGACAUGGUGGUUUGUUUGGACUCGAGUGAUGGAGAAAGAUAUUUUAAUCUU